AUGCAAUCUCCUCUUAGAUUAUAUUCUGCUUCAAGAGCAUUUACUUGUAGGAAUACAGAGACCAAACCUUCUUUUUUCAUUUCUAAAAGUAUAAUCAUAAAUCAAUAUCAUAAAAGAAGCCAAAUAAUCAAAAAAAUAAAAAGAAAUUGAUAAUCUAAAUGAAUAAUUAUUAUUGGUUAAAUAAUCCAAUAAUUUAUUAUUUGAAGAAAACAAACAAUUAAAAUAAUAAAUAUUACAUUUUGAGGUUUAACAUAUAUUCUACUUACUUAGAAAUAAUUAAAUAAAUAAGAAAAGUUACUCAUUUUGAAUAAACAAUCAAAGGCUGAAUCUAAACAUAGUGAUUUAGAUUUAUAAAUAAGAAUGAAAACAGAGGAAGUAUAAUAAAUAAUUAUUAUUAAAGACAUGUUCAAUUAUUGCAUAUCAAAAAUAAAUUAAAGAUUAUAAAGCUAGAGAUUAAUAUUAUUAAUAAUAAAUUGAAGAAUUAAAAAGAGAUACAAGAAGAACAAAAUUAUAAGAAUGUUAGGUUAAGUAUUAUACAUAUUGUUUAAGAUAGAAUGUAAAGUUAUUAAAGAAGAAUAUGAUAAAAUGAAAUUUAAAUAUCAAGCAUUAAUUCAUUAAAUGUAUUUUAUUAAUUAUUAAAUCUUAGUUAAUUUAGUCAAAAAGAUGAAUUAUUAAGAGAUAAUAUUAAAAUUAGUUAAGAAUUACUUAUUACUUAAUAAAAACUUUAAGAAUUAUAAUUAUAAAAUAAGAAAAUUCAGUAAGAAUUACAUUAAACUGAUUUUAAAAGAAUACGUAGUGAAAAGUUAGUAUUUGAUAAAGAAAGAGAAUUGAAAUUAAUAUAGUUUGAAUAUAGUAAUCCAAAAAAAACAAUUAAUGAUUUAAAUCGUUAAUGGUAAAUUAGAUUAGAAAAUUAAAAGUUAAUUUAAUAGUAAUUAGAAGAUGAAUUAAGAUUAAGAAAUGAAAAGAUUAAUCUUUUAGAAAAAACAUUAAAGGAAGAUAAAGCUGCUUAUCAACUUAAAGAAGCUUUUUAUAAAAGAGAAAUAGAUAGUUUGAAUAUUCAAAUAGGAUAAUUAAAAGAAACUGUUUAACAUUUAGAAAAAGAAUAAAUGGUAGAAUAAAGUUCUGAUGAAUAAGAAUCUUAAUCUGAAAAAUCAGUUAGAUAGACAUCAUAAUCUUAUCAAAAAUAAAAAACUUAAUUAUUAAUGAGUAGAAAAAAGAUUUAAAAAGUUAGUUCAACUGAAGUAGAGAUUAUAGGAAAAGAGAUAGCUUUGAAAUUCUAACUUGCUUAAAUACCAUUUUAAAGAUUAGAUUCAUAUAUUUAUUCAAAAUCAUCAAGAGGUAUUAUUAAUUUAAGUGAAAUAAAUGAUAUACUUAAAUAAUCACCAUUUGAUUUACCUGAUGAUUAAUCUUUAUUAGUUGCAAGAUUUCUUGCUGAACCUGAAUAAGAAGAAUGGAUUUAUUAUGAUAGUUAUCAAACAAAUGAUGUUGUAAUAGUUAUUAGUAUCUUCCGAAAUCUUGUUAAACCAUUUGAAUUACUUAAUCCUCAGUUUUAUGAUUCUAUACAUCAAGAAUUAAAAUAGAUUUUUAAAUUAAAUAAGAAUAAGUUAAUUGACUAUCUCAUGUUAAAUGGUGAUAAUUGCGAUCUAACUUACUUUAAGAAAGCAUUUGAAUAUUGUGAUAUUCCAUUAAGUCAAGAGUAUAAUUAUUAUUAAUUUAUAGAUAAGAAACUUAUAUUGCUAUUAAAAUUUAUGAGAAGUAUAAGAGAAUUGUUAAUUUGAAAUACUAGGAAAUAAUUGAUUACUUCAAAUGA